UCAAUCUUCCCUUAAGACUUUUUCUCGCCCACGUUUGGCGCGAACAGGGAGAUGGCCCGGACGAAGCAGACGGCUCGGAAGUCAACCGGCGGCAAGGCGCCCCGCAAGCAGCUGGCGACCAAGGCUGCCCGUAAGAGCGCCCCGGCUACGGGCGGCGUGAAGAAGCCUCACCGCUACCGCCCGGGCACCGUGGCCCUGCGAGAGAUCCGCCGCUACCAGAAGUCCACCGAGCUGCUGAUCCGCAAGCUGCCCUUCCAGCGGCUGGUGCGUGAAAUCGCCCAAGACUUCAAGACCGACCUGCGCUUCCAGAGCUCGGCCGUGAUGGCUCUGCAGGAGGCGAGCGAAGCGUAUUUGGUGGGGCUGUUCGAGGACACGAAUCUGUGCGCCAUUCACGCCAAGAGGGUGACCAUCAUGCCGAAAGACAUUCAGCUGGCGCGGCGCAUCCGCGGGGAGAGAGCUUAAGUCCGCGCUCCUCCAGUUUCGGCCUAUCUCGGAAAAUAAUACGAUACCCAAAGGCUCUUUUAAGAGCCGCCACCUUCGUCUCGGAAAGAGCCGAGUCCAUAUGUCAAGCAAAUCCCAGCGAUUAAGGCGGGUUAAUAAAUGCCGUUUGCUCCUACA